AUGGCUUCCGGGACCGAAAUGACACCGAUCACCGACAAGGCCAAGAAGGGCCCCCAGCCAAAGAAAUACUUGACCAAAGUAACCAAGACCAAGAAGGCCACCAAGGCGACCAGAGCCACCCAGGCGACCAAGGACAAUCAAAUCCCUGGCUCGACUAUGCUCCUGUGGGACGUCCUCACCCACAGCGGUGCUAUGAAGGAGGAGGGAGCAGGGCCCAAUGUUAACUGGGAGGCCGUGGCUAUCGAGCAGAGCACCACCAAGGGUGCCGCCUCAAAGCGCUUCUCCCGUCUUCGAUUGCAAAUCAACGCCUACAAAGAGGUGAUGAAGAAUGCCCCGACAAGUAACGAAUCCUCUGGUAUUGGCGAUGAAUCCUCAGACCUGGAACACCUGGAGGAGGUCGAGGAGACCGGCGACGAGGCCGAGGUGGCCAAGGGAGCGUCGGGCGAGGACGUUGACGAAGAUGUUCCACCCGAGUAUGAUUUCUUCCAGCCGGUCGACACGCUGGCCGAGUUUCGCAAAAUCAGUUACGAUGGGAUUAUGGCAAACGAGUGUCAUCUGAAGCGUCUUGCUGCUCGGUUGGAUUUCCUGUUUUACGAAGGGGAGGAGAUUGCGGCUGCUGGGGGCCUUGACGCCAGGCUUGCAGCGCUCGCACAUGCGGGCAAGGCGUCGCAGGUGUCCUCCGCAAUGGCGACGGACCUGACAAUCCUCCUACGGGCGGAUAUGGAAGCUCUCCCGCUGGAAGAGAAGACCGGUCUACCCUACGCGAGUGCGCGGCACGUCAAAGAUGCAGACGGGGUGUCUAAACCCAUCUCACAUGCUUGUGGCCAUGACUCCCACGUCACGUCCCUCAUGACCGCCGCGACUUUACUCCACGCUGCGCGGGAAUACUGGACCGGGACGUUGAUCUGUAUCUCCCAGCCCUCUGAGGAACACCUGGAUGGCGCGCGGGCGAUGCUGGAUGGCGGGUUAUACUCGAAGAUUCCCAUGCCAGACGUCGUCCUUGCACAGCAUGUCAUGCGCAUGCGUGCUGGAACAGUCCAUCUCCGAGCUGGACGGUUCCUCACCGCGGCGGAUGCGUUCGACGUGCGGGUCUUCGGUCGUGGCGGGCAUGGUUCCUCGCCGCAGACGACGAUUGACCCAAUCGUCAUCGGUGCUUCGAUCGUGACGAAGUUGCAGACGAUUGUCUCUCGUGAAGUUGUCCCUGGUGAAGUGGCUGUGCUGAAUGUGCGCACUUUUGAUCCCCGUGUGAGUGAGCGUGUCUGUGCUGCGAUUCACCGUGUCAUUGAGGCGGAGUGCCGGGCUGGUGGUGCCGUGGAGAAACCGAGAAUCGUGAGGAUGCACUCGACGCCGGCUACUGUCAACGAUGCGGGCUCGGUUGAUAAGCUCCGCGCCAGUUUCGAGUCGUAUUUCCAGAAUAGUCUGGUUGAGAUUGAGCGGCCGAGUGCGUGCGAGGACUUUUCGUUGCUGGCGACGGCUGUGGGGGCGCCGUAUGUGAUGUGGAUGUUUGGUGGGAUUGACGAGGAGACUUGGGAUGGGGCUGUUGCGAAGGGGACGGUCAAUGAGUUACCCAGUAAUCACUCGCCGUUCUUUGCACCGGCGAUUCAACCUGGAGUGUAUGCGAUGGCUGUGGCAGCGCUGACAUUCUUGAGGAAAUGA